CAUAUCAAUAAUUCAAGCGCGCGAGAGAGAGAGCAGACGGAGCUCCCCCCGCGCGCUAUGAGUUCUGCUGCCUCGUCACUCGUCCAGGGCCCCUCCGCACAGCGCGCGACUCCCGCUUAUUGUGUUUCCAAGUGACAGCAAAGCUGCUGAGAAGUGAGGAAAGAAGAAAAGAAGAGGUGAAAACUGGCGACUCCACCGGAGAUGCAGGGACAGUAAACUGAUUUCCGAAGAGGCGCCUAAAAAUAAACCGUGUGGUUAUCCUUCCAAGAGCCUCCGCGAGGGAGAAACUGUGCGCAGUGGGCACAUUCAAUCCUAGAAAACGGAGUGGCAUCUAGUUGUAAAACAAGCUUCAUUAACGUUCAUCUGGGGAACAUUGGGAAACUCUUCCUACCUUACUUUUUCUCAAGGGGAAUAGACCCGCGGCGGACGUUGUGAAGACGACCGAAGAAGUGAAUCGUUCAGGUCCGGUAUGUUGGCGUUUUGCCUUCUGAGUGCCGUGUGGCUCGCGGUGAGCCCGGCCAGCGCUCAGAACGAGACGGAACCAAUCGUCCUGGAGGGGAAGUGCCUCGUGGUGUGCGACUCCAACCCGGCGGCGGACCCCACAGGGACUGCGCUCGGGAUCUCGGUGCGCUCGGGCAGCGCCAAAGUGGCAUUCUCCGCAGUCCGGAACACCAACCAUGAACCCUCUGAGAUGAGCAACCGGACCAUGGUCAUCUACUUCGACCGGGUUCUAGUAAACGUUGGGAAGAAUUUUGACGAAGAGAGAAGUAAUUUCAUCGCUCCGCGGAAAGGGAUUUACAGUUUUAACUUCCACGUAGUGAAAGUCUACAACCGCCAAACUAUACAGGUGAGCCUGAUGCACAACGGGUGGCCUGUGAUUUCAGCGUUUGCCGGCGACCAGGAUGUGACGCGAGAGGCGGCCAGCAAUGGUGUUCUGAUCCAGAUGGAGAAGGGAGACCGGGCCUACCUCAAACUGGAGAGAGGAAACCUAAUGGGAGGAUGGAAAUACUCCACCUUCUCCGGCUUCCUGGUGUUUCCCAUGUAGAGGAAGAGCGAGAGGAAGAGGAGGAGCAGGGGGUGGAAACGAACGAGGAGGAGCUGGGGAAUGGCGAAGGAAAAGGCAGAGUGAGGAAGAAGAGGGGCGUUGGAUAAAGGAUGUGAAUAAGAUGUUGGAAAAGAGAAGAGGGGAUGUGACAACAGACUCUGUUUGGGACGCUGCAGAGGGAGGAGAGAGAAGUUAGAGAUGUAUGGCACAGAGUGAUUAUUCUUUGGUAAAUGAGAGAGGAAUUAUGAAAACAGUACAUGAAGGUGUAUGGCCAGCUUCUUCACUUCCCUUCCUCCUUUUAUCCAUCCUUUUCAUCCAUCUGUUCCUCCCUCUGUUUUCUCCGUGGCUUGACUGCAGCUUUGGACAGCCAAAACCUUUUUUAUUCUCUGCUGAAAGAAGCAAGUGAUCAUUUAUAUGUUCCAACGUGUACUGAAGCCUGAGUGUAACCCCCCCCCCCCCCCACCCCUUUUCUCCACAUUUAUUCAAUCAUUCAUUCAUCGAUCCUCAUCAACAUAAGCUUUGAAGAAUGUUUCUUUAAGAACUGCUCCCCACAUCUCCAAUUUACUCUGGAUAUUUGUAGUCAUUUGAUAACAUACACUCCACUGACUUUGGAUCAGAGCCCUAAAGCCAAACUAUAAUUUUCAUAGGCGGAACACCAAACUCUGAUCAGAAAAUGAGGUGCUUCAUUUGCAUUUCCUAUAAAGAUAUGUUUUUAAAAAAAAAAUCAUAAUAGUCAUUAUCUUUUGAAAAGCAAGACAGUUUCUUCUUGUCCGAUGUCAAUGUCCUCCACCAGACAACUGUAUGCGAUACAUAAAUGUAGUGCUUCUUACAAAUAAUCCAGACAGCAAUUAUGUUUCUCUCGAAAUGUUAUAAGAAACACAUCUACCUGAUACCAGGACAAUUGAAGAUGUUGAAAUAGACUACUAGCUAGCACAAUCUUUCAAAAAGCUCUGGAAACUACAUUGACACACCUUUGCCAAUGCCAAUGGUUUAUUCAUGUGCUACUCGGAUGGUCGUAUUUCCUCGGUUAGAAAUGGCUCUUCUGACUUCUAUGUGUUCAUUGGUUGUAUGUCAUCAUGUGUUAACAACAUGGAUGCUACAAAGAAGAUGUGUUUUAGUAGAGCAUUAAAUAACGAUAAGGGUCUCUGAGUUGUUGUUCCAACUCAAAGGGGUGUUCACAUGAGUCAGGAAGUCAGUUUUUGGUUCAUUCUUACACUAUUGCCCGAAUCUGGCCAAAAUAAUUUCUGCACCAUGAUUCUGAUUGGCCCCUAAAAUGUAAUUCAAGUAGUUUUCCAUAAUCCUCCCAAAAGACCAGAAUUCCGAGCAUUGGAGAAGAUGAUAAAGUAUACAUAUCUAAAACAGGGAAUUUAGGGUAAACUGUUUAAUUUAGAAUAAAAACCCAUCAAUCUUCUCAAUACUGAUUUGUGAGUCUCUGGUGACCAUAUCUAAUGAACCUAAAUGUGGUAUUGAUAAGAGUCACAUUAAACGUAUUGCUAUAAGCCUAAAGUACCUAGAUCCUUCUGUGUGUUUUUCAUCUCUGGCAGCCACACAGACAUUUAAAUCCACCUCCACUCUUUCCUUCCAUCCUUUUAUCCCGAGCUCCAUCUCCAUCCUUCACUGCUGCUGUUUUUUUUCAGAUUGGUACCCCUCCCUCUCCAGGAUCCUCGUCUCUUUUUUGACUAUGCCGUUUACCCACAAGUGCAGAUUUCUUUCUUUCUGUUUUGUAUUCCUCUGUUAUCCCCUCUCUCUUCCUUUCUGUCCCCGUUCCACUCCUCCCUCGUGUCUGUCCUUUAUCUGCUGCUGUACUCGUUUGCCUCCCAGCACGGAUCCUUCCUUGCUUUUCUUCAAUGUUGGACUUUGGACACUGAAACCAACUUACAACCACAAACUCUAUAAUAUAUACAGUUUAUAUAUAUAUAUACAUAUAGAGUAUAUGUAUAAAUAUAUAUGCAUAUAUAUAUAAAUUAACACAGUAUAUAUACAAAUGGAUAUAUAAUUAUAGCAAAAUUUAAGACACCAUUUCUAUUCUACUGGUAUUAUGAUGAUAAUAAUGAUAAUUCUAAUACUGAAAACUGAAUCUGGUUUGAUGACUAUAAUAUCUGUAUUUCCGUACUUCAGUGUUAUAUAAAAGAAAAAAAUAUUCUAAGAGAAACUUACUAGUGAUUGUGUGUGGAAAUCUGAGGCUGCCGUUCUGCUCUUCUGAUUAAAAACAUGCUUCUUGUUUUUGUUUUUGGGUCAAACCAAGUUGUGGCGAAAAAUCUGAGACUACUUCUUAUGUAAAAAAAAACCUAAAAAAGUAUUUUUAUUUAUUUACUUGUAUUAUUUGUACCGUUAUUUUUAAUAUCACGAAUAUUAUUAUGAAUCAAUCAAAUCAAUUUAUCUAAUGUUUUCUUUUUUUAUUUGCUCUGAAAUCAAUAAAAUUUAAAUGGUACUUUUAUUUUUCUUAAACCUA